GACAAGAGUCGAAGGCGUCCAAGACUAGAGACUGUGGCGAGUCUAAAAAAAAAAAGACUAGACGGCGGCGGAAAAUGGCGUGCGGUCUCCUGCCGCUGCUCCACGGCCCCCUCUCCUCUCCGCCUCGUCCCCUCCUCCCAUCCGGCUCUCCCUCCCUCCUCGCGCCCAGGACCCUGCCCCUAGCCCCUCGCCGGAGCAGGGUUUCGCGCCACCUGUCACCUGCCCCUCCGCGCGCUCUACCGGACAUUGCCGCCGCGGCGGCGGGCCUCCGGGACGCGGUCGCCGGCGCCUUCCAGGCGUCUCCGCCUACGUGGAGCUCGGCUGCCACCACCAACGCCGCCAUCUUCGUCGCGGGCACGCCGCUGCUCCUCUCCGGCCUCUCCGCCUCCGGCAUCGCGGCCGCCUACGUCCUCGGCACCCUCACCUGGCGCGCAUUUGGGGCCCGGGCUUACCUCCUCGUCGCCGCCUACUUCGUGGUGGGCACAGCAGUGACCAAGUUAAAGAUAAAACAAAAAGAAGCUUUGGGAGUGGCUGAGAAAAAAGGAGGAAGGAGAGGUCCUGGUAGUGUUAUUGGUUCUAGUGCUGCUGGUUGUGUCUGUGCUCUCCUAUCAGUAUAUAAUGUGGGCGGGGGAGCAUUCGCGGAACUCUGGACACUUGGCUUUGUUGCAAGUUUCUGUACUAAACUCAGUGAUACAGUUUCCAGUGAAAUAGGGAAGGCAUAUGGAAGAACAACGUACCUAGUGACAACAUUUAAGGUUGUUCCAAGAGGUACAGAAGGUGCAGUCAGUGUUGAGGGCACUCUUGCUGGAAUUUUAGCAUCGAUGUUUCUGGCAGGGAUUGGUUAUAUUCUGGGGCAGGUAAAUCUACCACAGAGUGUGCUAUGUGUUCUUGCAUCCCAGAUUGCAAAUUUUGGCGAGAGUUUGAUUGGCGCAACACUGCAGGAUAAGGAAGGUUUUGAAUGGCUGAACAAUGAUGUUGUCAACGUGGUCAAUAUCUCGGCCGGCGCCGUUUUGGCUGCUCUAAUGCAGCAGUUGCUAGUGAGCUGGCGUUCAUGAUCUCUCUUUCCUGACUUUUCUGCAGUGCAUCAGCUCUCGUAGUUUGUUAGUGGUACAGGCUGCUGGCAUUUGCUUGUGGAACUCGCAAUUGAGUGGAUGCACAUCUCUCUGUAUGCACGUGCUUCUCCUUUGUGACAUACUAUCUUCCUGUACUUCUUUCUAGUACGUAGCUUACUAGCAUUGAUUUGUCAAGUAAAACUCUCUCUGCCAGAGCUUCAUAUGUUCCAGAAAUACUGAUCUGGCUAACGUGCUGCCAGCUACUGUACUCCAAACAAUGCUCAUUCUCCACUAGUUAAAACUCGUGAUUGGACAA